CCGAGCCCCGCUGGGGAGGCCUGCGACUGCGCCUCUAAAGGCGCUGCCAGACGGCUCUUGCGCUACUUCUCCCAGCUCCUCGCCGCGUCCGCCAGCUCCUGAGUCCUUGCACCUACCCGCCGGCAUGUCUCAGGCUGAGUUUGACAAAGCUGCCGAGGAUGUUAAGAACCUCAAGACCAAGCCAGCAGACGAUGAGAUGCUGUUCAUCUACAGCCGCUACAAACAGGCGACUGUGGGUGACGUAAAUACAGAACGGCCUGGGAUGUUGGACCUCAAAGGCAAGGCCAAGUGGGAUGCCUGGAAUGAGCUGAAAGGGACGUCCAAGGAAGAUGCCAUGAAAGCGUACGUCAACAAAGUAGAAGAACUAAAGAAAAAAUACGGAAUGUAGGGACUGGGUUUGGCUGCCAGCCACGCAUGUCAUCUAAACUGAUAAUCAUGCCUUGUUUUUCUAAUACCACGGAUGAAGUGAAAUAAUGAAGUUAACCUUCUUCCUGAACACUGUCCAGGAUACGGCUCUAACAUUAGGAGCGGAAAUGGUUACUCACCUUGCGGAGUAGUUUUUAUCUAUAGACCAAUUAAAACUGCAUUUGUUACUUAA